AUGCUGCGGUACGUUAAAAGAAUUGUACCAGCGCACCCAAGGUCAGUACUAGCGGUUACCUUUUCGUUGCGCGCGAUGUCCACCAAGGCACAGAAGGCGGGCAACAGCGAAACACACUUGUACCGCAUUAUUUCACAGCGGCUAAACAUACCCCAAGGCUCUGCAUGUUAUGUUGUGGAGCAGACUAAGAAAGGUUCAACUGUGCCCUUUCUUGCGCGGUAUCGGCGUGACGAAACAGGUUACCUCGACGAGACAACAAUCCGGCAGCUGCUUGAUAUGGCGGAGGAGCUACGGGAAGUGCAACGACGCCGCGAAUUCAUGUUAAAAAGUUUGGAGAAACGUAACCUCCUUACGAGGGAACUUCAAGAGACCUUUGAGAAGCUAGUUCAUUUGAACCAGCUAGAGGAUGCGUGGGAGCCGUUUAAAGAAAAGAAGACGGGUCUGGCACAUAGGGGGCGUGAGGCGGGACUGGAACCUCUCGCGAAAAAAUUGUUGUAUACGACGGAUCCCAUCGACGAUGUGCAGCAGCGUCUGCGCUGCGUGGACGACGGUGAAAAGUUGCUAAGGGCAAUUGUGGUGGAGGAGGUGCAGCGUUGCGAUGAGGUACGGCAGAUCAUGCUAACGGAGUGCAGGCGGAGCGGCACCAUUAGUUGUGCACUUGCUGGGGAGCCUGGGGGAAAGUCAGCGAAUUCCGAUUCUUUUGAAAAGAAUAAGAAGCAUUUUGAGUGGUAUGGUGGCAAGGUGUGGCCGGUGCAACGGAUUAGUGCACACCAUUUCCUGGCACUGCAACGUGGCGAAAGUGAGGGUGUGUUGAAAGUUAAAAUGGCCGAAAGCAAUAGGGACAAGGAUGUUUUCUUUGCGUGGGCUCGUCGGAAAUUUUAUGGAGCGCGGAGACCUACUUCUUCAGUAGCUGGGGAGCUUCUGCAGAAGUGCCUUGAGGAGGCAUGCAAACAAGUGGUGCGGCGAACGCACGCGACGGUCCGGCGCGAUCUCAAAAAGAGUGCAAUAAAAGAGUCUCUGGCUGUCUUUGCACACAACCUUCGCCAUAUCCUCCUCCAGCGCCCAAUGCGGGAUGCGAGAAUACUUGCGAUGGACCCGGGCUUCAAAAUGGGUGUUAAAUGUGUUGCACUAGACGAAAACGGCGGUGUUAUUGCGUGCUUUUGCUGCACCUUGUCGAAGAAGGAUGAGAUGAAAGAAUAUAUCGGUGGGUCGGUCGGGAAAAUGAAUCUUAACAAAAUUGUUAUCGGAAACGGGACUGCCUCGGGGGACGUGGCCGAUGUUGUCGCCGCCACCAUCAAGGAGAAGAACCUGAGCGUCGAGUAUGCUAUUGUCAGUGAAGCAGGCGCCAGUGUUUACUCUGUUUCCGAUGUCGCGAAGGAAGAGUUUCCCACCCUCGACCCAAUGUACCGCGGAGCGGUGAGCAUUGGCAGGCGUGUCAUCGAUCCGUUGAGUGAGCUGGUAAAGGUUCCGGUUCGAUCAAUGGGCAUUGGUAUGUACCAACAUGACAUCAGUGAGGUCGAACUGACGCGCUCAUUGAAUCGAGUGGUGGAGUCGUGCGUAGCAUCAGUUGGUGUUAACGCAAUGGUUGCAAACCGCUACGUGAUGGAAAAAAUACCGGGUGUGACAAAGCGCAUGGUAGACCAAAUUGUUCUCGCGCGUCACGCCAAAAAGCUCAUGAGUCGGGAAGACCUUCGUCGCGUUCCAGGGAUGACUGAAACUGUUUACAAGCAAAUUGCAGGUUUCUUUCGGUUUCCUAAUUCCACCAACCCACUGGACGGCUCUAACAUUCACCCCGAGUCCUAUCCCAUUGUGCAGAGGCUGAUCGAGUUGUUCAAGGGACAACAGCGGAUCGACAUUGGGCGUAAACUUCUUGACAUGAAGGAAAAUGAAUUGAAGGAACUGACGGAGCGCCUGGGAUGUGGUAAGGCAACGCUUGAACUGUUGGCCCAUGAACUGGCAACACCGGCCUUAGAUCCCCGCUCCGAACUGCCUUUUGCCGGCCAUUUCCGUCGCGCCCCAAGAGCGGCAGACAUUAAAUGUGGGGACAAACUUGCGGGGGUGGUGCGUUGUGUCACAACGUUCGGUGCCUUUGUGGAUGUUGGUCUUCACGACGAUGUGCUCGUACAUGACGUCGACAUUGAUGCGGUUUGUGCGGGAAGCUUUUUAGAUGACAUAGUGGUGCAGGGCGUUGACCGACUUGGCAGAAUUCAGGUUAAGUGCGGCGGUCAAACAAACUCAAGAGGUGUUGCAGGUGCUCGGGGUCACGCGCAAGGACUUGCCAUUGAAUCGGAAGAUAUUGUGUCGUUGGGAGCGGCAAAACCAGAGGACGGGCAGAUGCUGAGCAGCUGCCUCGCGGAAGUUCGGAAAGAACGGCGACAACUGUUCGCGUCUGAUCCUUCGUCUGCGGAUAAGCGGCCUGCACCCAACAACGAACCCCCAGUGCACGCGGGAGAAACUGCUGAGGGUCGAAAGAGAAAACGAGAAGGGGGCAGCGAAGAAGACGGGGCCGUACCGACGAAGAGGGCGAAGGUGUCAAAGGAAAGGCCCGCCGCCUCAACAGCGCGGCGCAGCAAGAGCAAGGAAAAGGGGAAGACGCCACGAGCGGCGAAGAAAGCGGCUGUCGGGUCCCGACAGCCGCCAGGGGCCGAAGAAGAGGUACGUAGAGUUGCGGCCGCUUCCGUGGGCGGCGCAACCCCUGUCACCUCUUUCCAAACGCCAACUGAACGGAGGAAAAGGAAAGUCGAGAUGAAACCAGCGUCACAACCCAGUGAUCAAACUGGCGAUGCUCAAAGUGUAUUUGUGUUCUGA